AAUCGCGCGGCCUCCGCCCCUUCCGGGAAAUCCGCAUCCGAGGAAACUAGCGGCGGCCGCUCCGGCCCGGCCCCCGGCCCCGGCCCCUGUGCUGUGUCUUACCUCAGAGGCGUUCCCGCGGCCAAGUACCCCCGGCCCAGAUGCAGCCUCAGAAGCCAGAGUCCUCUCUUAUACACUACAGACAUUUGGCGUUUCUGGACUGGCCUGAGUCCCAUGCUGAGCCUGAAGCUCCCUCUGGAAAUAACAAAGGCUCACCAUCAUGGAUCCUCUACAGGAAGCAAAUGGCACCUUUGCCUUAAACGUUUUGAAAAUACUGGGUGAAAACAGCUCAAAAAAUAUAUUUUUGUCACCCAUGAGCAUCUCCUCAGCCCUGGCCAUGGUUUUCAUGGGGGCAAAAGGAACGACUGCAAGCCAGAUGGUUCAGGCACUGUCUUUGGAUAAAUGCAGCCGCAAUGGAGAUGGAGAUGUCCACCAGGGCUUCCAGUCCCUUCUCACUGAAGUAAACAAAACUGGCACACAGUACUUGCUCAGAACAGCCAACAGGCUCUUCGGGGAAAAGACUUGUGAUCUGUUAGCGUCUUUUAAAGAUUCCUGCCGCAAGUUCUAUGAAGCAGAGAUGGAAGAGAUGGACUUUAAGGGUGCUACAGAGCAGUCCCGACAGCACAUCAACACCUGGGUAGCCAAAAAGACAGAAGAUAAAAUCAAAGAGCUGCUGAAUCCAGGUACAGUGAAUUCUGACACAUCGCUAAUCCUUGUGAAUGCCAUCUACUUCAAAGGAAACUGGGAGAAACAGUUUAACAAAGAGGACACCAGGGAGAUGCCUUUCAAUGUCAGCAAGGAUGAGAAGAAACCUGUGCAAAUGAUGUUUAAGAAGUCUACCUUUAAGAUGACCUACAUUGGAGAGAUAUUCACUCAGAUUCUGUUGCUUCCCUAUGUUGGCAAUGAGCUGAACAUGAUCAUCAUGCUUCCAGACGAACACGUUGAACUGAGUACGGUGGAAAAGGAAAUAACUUAUGAGAAAUUUAUAGAGUGGACGAGGCUGGACAAGAUGGAUGAAGAAGAGGUAGAAGUAUUUCUCCCAAAGUUUAAGCUGGAAGAGACCUGUGACAUGAAGAAGGUCCUCUGCAAGCUGGGCAUGACUGACGCCUUUGAGGGCAGGGCAGACUUUUCUGGAAUGUCUCCCAAGCGAGGCUUGUAUCUGUCUCAGGUUGUCCAUAAGGCCUUUGUGGAGGUCAAUGAGGAGGGCACAGAGGCUGCAGCUGCUACAGCUGCCAUGAUGAUGAUGAGGUGCAUGAGGUUUACUCCCCGCUUCUGUGCUGACCGUCCCUUCCUUUUCUUCAUUCAGCAUGUUAAGACCAAUGGAAUUCUGUUCUGUGGCCGGUUCUCCUCUCCCUGAGCAAAGGGCAUUCCUGUCAGUCUUGAACCAUCUCCCCAUGGUUUGCUGUAACCCAAGUGACCUUAUCCAUAAGUGUAAUGACAAUUAUGAAAUAAAGAGCUUUAUGGCACCCCACCUUCAGAACUGCCUGUCAGGUUUACAGGAGGGCUUUUUCUAGGUUCUGGAUUUUCACUCCUAUGGGCUUAUGGUGUUGCUAGCUACAGAGCUCAUCCCUGCUGCCAGACCCUGUGGCAGCCAUGUGUAUUUUUGUUUUUUUCCUUGGUAGCAUCAGGAUCUCAUCCCAUUUUAAGUGAAAAAAAGCCAGCGAGUUGAAACAUCAAGGAAUGGACAGUAGGGAAAGCUCCUUUCUCCUAUAUCUGUUUCCCCGUCAUAUGGUAAGACAGCUAAGCCUCCUUAGAUACUUACUGACUACUUUCUCCCAGCUGUUGGAAACAUGAGGUCAUUCACUGACCAAAGCCAUCUAGGAAAGGCUAUGACAAGCAAGUGAGUUUUCUGGAGAUGGCCUACUGUUUUACAUGGCUGCAAUGGGUGUGCUCUGGAGAGGCACAGCCCCAGAGACUUUGUCUCAGGAUUGCUUCCCACUGCUCAUAUGCCUCUCCUGCCACUAUAACAUAGCCCAAUGAUCCCUGGGCAUCAGCCCACUCUACUGGGCAAAUUUCCUGUAGAUCAACAUGCAGAUGAACUUUCAUGAAUUAAUAGUGUUGAUAUGAAUUGAUGACUAUAGAAGUCAAAUAAUUUUAGGAAGAAAAUUUAAGGAGAUGGUUUUAGUUGCUUUUCCAGAAAGAUGUAAUAAAGUUAGAAUCAAGAAUAGAAUGUGCACUCUUCUCAUAGAAUAGUAAAUAAAAGCUGCAUUAUAAGGAAUACAGUGAGUCUUCAUAAAUUGCACUAAGAAGAGAAAUAGGCUUGGAACAAAUUUGUGAUCAAGGAAAAACAUUCUAGAUCAGGUCUAAGGAUGAAGCCAGGGAUAUGCCAUCUGAUAAAGCAAGGCCAUGUGAAACUUUUGCUUUGAACUUAUAAUGAGCUUAUAGAAUGAAAUAGUGCUUUGAACUUACUCUUGACAUCAUCCUUCUCUUCCCUUUUGUAUAAGAUUUUAUCUAUG